UAAAUACGGCCCGAGAAGGGAAGGUGACUGGAUGAGCGUCUCUGGGAAGAAUGAGAGUGUGCGUUAGAGACAGCCACACGGUGGAGCAAAUCUUAACCAAACUUUUCCUGCAACAUUUUACAACAUCCUUAAUCCCCUCCUCAUGAUCCGACAAAAAAAGUUUGACAUUUCCCAACUCGAACACUUCUCUCAAAUCUCCAGUUUGGCUCAACUUGUUUCUACUUGACACUGUUUUUUUUUUUAAGCAACAAGUUUGUUAAUUUAUUUUUCCACACAGAGACAAACAGAAAUGCCGUCGCCACAUUAGUCCCCGUGGCCGCCCGGUGUGCCACCGCAGUGACAGGGACUGCCAUGCUGGUGUCCAACGCCAGCCUGAGCGGCUGCGCGGAGUUCAACAGCGCCCUGUGCGCCGGAGCCGGGGAAGGGCACCCGGGGGGCGGUACGCUCCGGACCACCCUCAGCCCGACAGGGCACCUGGUCGUGGCCGUGUGCCUCGGCUUCAUCGGAGCGUUUGGACUGCUGAACAACAUGCUGGUGCUGGUUCUUUUCUGCCGCUACCAGAUGUUGCGGUCCCCCAUUAACCUGCUGCUGAUCAACAUUUCCGUCAGCGACCUGCUGGUGUGCGUGCUCGGGACUCCGUUCAGCUUUGCGGCCAGCACGCAGGGACGCUGGCUCAUUGGAGAGGAGGGAUGCGUGUGGUACGGCUUCGCCAACUCCCUCUGCGGCAUCGUGUCCCUGAUCUCCUUGGCUGUCCUCUCCUAUGAGCGCUACAGCACCAUGGUAACCCCCACUGAGGCUGACUCCUCCAACUACCGCAAGAUCUCCCUGGGCAUCCUCCUGUCCUGGGUCUACUCCCUACUGUGGACCCUUCCGCCACUCUUUGGCUGGAGCCAUUAUGGUCCAGAGGGUCCUGGGACCACCUGCUCUGUCGACUGGACAGCCAAGACAGCAAAUAACAUAUCUUACAUCAUCUGCCUGUUUGUGUUCUGCCUCAUCGGGCCCUUUCUGGUGAUCAUCUUCUGCUACGGGAAACUGCUGUACGCAAUCAAACAGGUGAGCAGGAUCAAUACAUCGCUGAGCAAGAAGCGUGAGCAGCGUGUCUUGUUCAUGGUGGUGAUCAUGGUGAUCUGUUACCUACUGUGCUGGCUACCAUACGGGAUCAUGGCCCUGUUGGCCACCUUCGGGCCGCCUGGCCUGGUCACGCCUGAAGCAAGCAUUAUACCCUCAGUCCUGGCCAAGACGAGCACUGUCAUCAACCCGGUCAUCUAUGUCUUCAUGAAUAAACAGUUUUACAGAUGUUUCCAAGCCCUUUUGCACUGUGAAGCCCCCCGUGGAAGCUCAAGCAUGAAGAGCUCCUCCAAGGCUGCUACCAAGGCCAUGAAGGGGUUAGCAGUCACCGGACACCGCCGAACCAAUGAUUUGCUAUUUGUGGUUGCAUCCCUGGGUCAACCAGCCACCACAGUCCCCCAGCUGGACCCGUCUCGUGAACCGACAAUUGAUCUCACCAAAGCCCCCUCUUCUGACAACCAGCCUGUAGUCGUGGUAUCACUAGUGGCCCACUUUGAUGGCUGAUGGUUGACUAUUGCUCCUGAAAGUCAUUAAGAAUAAGGGAGGUGGUGCUGCGGAAGCUCGCGUAGCAGCGAUCUGCCUCUGUGGUGGGUUUUAAAGCAGUUUGGACAUCAUUGCUGCCUUGGUUGUUCCUGGUGACAGACUCGUGACAAAAGGGAAACCGUGAAAUGCCUCUGGACAAUAUGAGCAAAAAUCUACUGCAGUGAACAUGCAGAACCUUGGAGCCUGUGCUUAUCUGCACAAAGCAUGACUUUCAAACAAUUUUCUUUUGAUGAAGCACUGUUAUGAAAAAAUGAUUAUUUGGAUCAUUCAAAGGGCCUAAUGUGUUUUGAAGCUGAAGAAGGACUGAGUUAUAUUUUUCUAUUGAUUUGUUACUGACAGCGAUACCAAGUGCAGUAAAAGCACCUGGUUUAUUUAUGACCCAAAUUAUGUAAAAGUUUUGCUACCUGUAUGUAAGGUUUUGACAGAAAAAGAGUUUGAUGCAAAAGUA